GGAAAUUGUUUACAGAGAAAGUCCUUCUGCAAUAUUUGUGUUAUUUUGUUAUUACGGUGCAGCUAAGAAUAUUGAUAAAAAAAUUUGUCUUUCCAUAUAAUUGCUCUCAUAGGAAAAUAUGGCUACAGAUGAAGAACCUUGAUAUGAGGUGAAAAAAGCAAGAAAUGUUUCUCUAAAUCUGCGAGGUAACUCCAUACAGUCACUAUAGGAAAUGAACAAAUUGUGGAGGUGGACAUGAAUCAGCCCAUGUCCUUCAGUGUCCAGCGAGAGGUCCAGUUCAGGUUUCUCUGUCCAAAUGACAUUGAUGAAGUAAAAAGGCUGUGUACAGAAUGGUUUCCUAUUGAAUACCCAGACACCUGGUACCAGGAGAUAACUUCCAAUCCCAAGUUUUACUCCCUGGCAGCCACCUACCAUUCCAGAAUCAUAGGAAUUAUUGUGGUUGAGGUCAAACAACUUGCCAACACCAAUAAAGAGGAUGCAGAUAUACUGGCCUCUUAUUAUCCCUCAACAUGUCAGGUGGCCUAUAUUCUCAGCCUGGGUGUGGUGGUGGACUACAGAAAACAUGGAAUAGCUUCCUUGUUAUUAGAUAGCUUAAUCUCUUACCUCACUGCCAAAGAGCGUUACAACUGUAAAGCCAUAUAUCUCCAUGUCCUGGCCACCAAUUGUGUUGCCAUCAAGUUUUACGAGAAGCGAAGAUUUAAUGUCCACAGCUUCCUCCCUUACUACUACUCAAUACAAGGAAAACCUAGAGAUGGAUAUCUCUAUGUGUUGUACAUCAAUGGUGGAAAACCUCCUUGGUCCACAAUUGAUUAUUUCAUGAAUAUGGGAGAGUUAUUGAUGAAGUUACAGCCAUGUGCCCUACCACGACAGAUCAUACGAAGUGUACGUGGAUGGUUUUGUCGACUCUUGGCUGGGGCCACCUCUGACUAGUCACCAUUCCAUUUCCUACCAGGGAGCAUCUCAAAAAGUAUAAUCCUAUCAGGGAAAAUUUCAGAAGUAUUCUUUCGAUAAAUGGUACCAUGGUCUUUCUUCCAUUUUCCAGUAAUAUUUAGAACCAUGUGAACUUCGCUGUUUUACUCCAGCAAAGUAGUUAUGAUGCCUACAAUCAAACUAAAUGUAUUUUUUAUUAUCAGAAAUAUUGCCUCGUUAAAGAUACUGAAAAUGUUAAGAAAUUAAAGGCCAAAUUAGUUUAUCUUCAACCAAGAAAAAAUAAACAAAUACUCUGGCUUACUGACACAAUGGAUCAUUUGCAUUGUUUUGAAAGAAAUUUUUUAUUGAGAGUUAGAAAUUAUAAUUUAUUGCUAUGAUUUAGUUGGUGAGGACAUGUUUUUUGAGUGCCAAUUCCAAUGGAUUCCAUGUGUUUAUUACCUUUUGUAUUAUUUAUUUAAACAUAUUUUUAUGUAUUCAUGUAUAACAGUGAAAUGAAAAAUAUUUGAGAUGCAGACUAUUUGCAUUAAGACUUAAUGAACAACUUCCACAUUUAAGAAUAAGAAUUUUUAAAUGUAACCAUGAAUUCCUCCAUUGCAGGGUAUGAAAGGAAAACUUAAAGGUCUUUUUCCUACUUAGGGUACUGUACUUGUUAAAAUACUGUCAUCUUUUUGUGUUCAAGAUUUUCAUUUACAAGCACUUAUGGCCUUAGAAAAUUUUUCAUGAUUUGGCCAGAUAUGAAAUGUACAGCAAUAAACAUAAGCAAUUAAGAUAUGAAGAAAAAGUCAAAUUUAUUCUUUACAGUUUGAACAUUUUUAAAGUCGGUUGCUUAGUACAUCUAUCAUUUCAAUUUACUUUCCAACAUAAAUCGAUUUCAUAGUACAUGUAUACACUAACUUUCUUGAAUCCCUUUGCCAUUAUUUAGAUUUAUCUAUUAAAAGUAAAUUUAUGUAUCAUCAAAUAUCACAGUUUUUUUAAAGUAGAAUUUAUUUAAAUCUUUUUUAGCAUUCAGUAGAACUGACCAUAUAUGGCUGUAAAGAAAAAUUUAAUCCACAAUCUUUUUUUUUUUCAAAUCUUAUAUGGUAGCCAUAGUCUGUUAAGGAAACAAGACAAAUUAGCUUUAUGAUUCCAUGCAAAUUUAUUUCUGAUAAAGGCAUGGCAACAAAUAAGAAAUUCGAUCUUCAUUGCAAAUACAUGUACAUGUAUGUUUGACUGUAGGUGUGUCUGUGAGUGUGACAACAUUUUAUGGAAAGAACUCUGAUCUCAUUUGUUCUUACUCUUUUUAAUUUUACAAAGCUGUUAUUAAAACCAUUAAUUUGUUGCUUGUUCAGGAUAUAAAAAACAUACAAGUGGAGUUUAUUUUUUUUAAUAUUAACUCAUGUAACUAGCCUAUGUUGAUGGGCUGGAGUGUUAUUGUACUCAGCUGUUUUAGUAUGUUUAAAAACUGAAAAUGUUACUCUGGGCAUAAUGUUAAUUUCUUUGCACAUACUUUAACAUACAUUUAGGUAGAAGUAGGUAGCUCUGAGAAACCAAUUCAACUAACAAUUUGAUGAUAACAUGUAUUAAUUGUCCAUCUAGAUGCUACUUUACCUGAAAUAUAAGUAAUAAAAAAAAGACAUCAGAUACACAUAUUUUAGAAAUGCUGUAUAUUCUCUAUAUUUUCAUGCCAUUGGUCUAAUUCCAGCACUUCAAAUGAGGACAAGAAGUUUGACUGUGGGGUUUUUUUUUGUUUUUUGUUUUUGCACAAAACAUCCAAAACAUUAUUAGUUUUUCCUGCAGAACAUCCCAUAUUUCUAAAAAUUUUAUCAAUUGUUCAUGUUCACUGUAUUUCUUUUUUUUUUUUUAAAGUUCACACCAUCUCUGUGAUAUGUUCUCUGAAACUGAAAUCCAACAUUAUGUACAUAUGUCUUUUUCAUGUCUUAAAAUUGUUUUGUUGUGACUCAAAACAUCAAGAUAUUGUGCAAGGCAACACCAUUAUGCAUUUUAGUGCUAACACCAGAACAAACACAUUUUUUCUGUGAUAGUUAAUACGUUACUGAAAUAUUGCAUUCUGGGACACUAUUGCAUUUUUCAUUGACAAAUCUUCGACUACUGCCCCAGAUAAUGAUAGAUUGUAGAAAAUGAUUAUUAAUAUCAAAUCCCAAAAUUAAUGAACAAUCAUUUAAAUAUGGGGAGCAAAAUAAUAAUUAUACAUUGGAAAAUGGAACAAACUAGCUGUCCUAGUUCAAAUAGUAGAUGUUCAUUACGGUCACUGUAGAUGUAUCACCAAUAGGUAUGUAUUUACAUGUACCACUAAAUGGAAUAGAUAGAAAUGCAAAGCACAGUUUUCAUUAAAAAAUAUGCUUUAAUUUGGAGUCACUUGUUAUCGUUUCAGGUCAUGAUGUAUGCUAUGGAAUCUGUGACGUUUUAUUUGUUUGUUGAUAUAUUUAAAUACUUGUGUAGUUACUGUCCAUUCUGUGUUAUUCAUUAAAAUUACGGAUGAAAUAAAUAUUUCAAAAAGAU